CUCUUUAUCGGAACCCUAUUUUUUGGUUGGGUCCGAGAGGCGAAGUGCCGCCAUAGUUCUAGAGACUUCUACGCCGAGAAACUUCUGGACUUCCGGUCGAUUCCAUAGCCUAUUUCCUCUUUCCCCAACUUCUCGAUCUCCAUCACCAACCAAUAAUUCUCUCUCUACCAACUCUCCGGCCAAGUUUUCCCUCUCUUCAGCUCCGGCAAUGGCCAAAAUCGGCGAGGGCGACAAGCGGUGGAUCGUUGAAGAACGCCCCGACGGCACCAAUGUCCACAACUGGCACUGGGCCGAGACCGAUUGUCUCGAAUGGUCCCGCAAUCUCCUCGGUAAGCUCCUCUCGGACCUUCCUCUUCUCGACGGCGAGGGCGGCCUGUUCAUCAAGACUAAGAAGGUCGACAAGGUCGACGGAGAGGCCUAUGUCAACAUCCGCAAGGGCAAGAUCAUUCCCGGUUAUGAGCUUAAUGUCACUGUUUCGUGGGAGGGCGAGGCCAAGGAUUCCGCCGGGAAAUCUCUGCAGAAGGUCGAUGGUCUUGUGGAGAUGCCGUAUAUUUCCGACGAGAACGCCGAUGAGGAUCCGGAGGUUAAGAUUUCUGUGAAGGACGAAGGCCCGAUUGGGAAGAGGAUGAAGGAAGCGAUGCUGGCUAAGGGGAAGCCAAUUGUGUUGGAGAAGGUGAGGUUGUACGUGCAAAGCAUGGCCAAGGGUGGGCCUGCGAAGGACGAUUUGGAGGCSAAGAAGGUGGAGCCGAAGAGUAAUCAAUCGGCUCCGGCAGCCGCCGCCGCGGCUGCCCCUGCAGCGUCGGUGAAGCCGGCAGUGGUGGCGGAGAAGAAGAAAGCUAACAAGAAAGGGUUCAAGACAAUAACUCUGACCGAGAAGUUUAAUUGCAGGGCUAACCAUCUUUUUGAAAUACUCAUGGACGAUAAUAGAUGGAAAGGUUUCACACAGAGCAAUGCCAAAAUAAGCAAGGAAGUCGGUGGAGAGAUCAGUAUAUUUGAUGGGUCCGUGACUGGGAAGAAUUUGGAGUUGGAAGAGGGGAAGUUGAUUGUGCAGCAAUGGAGAUUCGGAAGCUGGCCCGACGGCAUUCAUUCAACGGUGAAAUUGACAUUUGAUGAGCCCGAGCCUGGGGUUACCGUUGUGAAGUUGAUACAUUCUGACGUUCCGGAGGAGGACAGAUAUGGAAACGCAACUGUAGUGGAGAACACAGAGAGGGGCUGGCGGGAUCUUAUCUUCCACAAGAUCAGAGCAGUGUUUGGGUUUGGAAUAUGAUAGGGUACUACCUUACUUAUAAUAGAGUCCAGUCCUUUGGCUUCUUAAAGCUUAUCAUUUGCAAAUCUUCAUGAAUGAAAAUGAUUUGAAAUGCUUCAUUUUUCAAUUUUCAGAUGGUGUUGUUUCUCAUAGUCUCUGUUGUCUUUCAUAUCCAUAUUGAGAAUCAAAAUUCAUUGUUGGAUUCUGAGCUUUGACAUAUAAUGAGAUACAAUUGUCAUCUCUUUUAUCA